GUAUUUCAGCAGGAGCCGGAAGUGAGUUAAAGUUGUGGCAACGCGCGGAAUAGCUGAAGUUCUGAGUUAAUUUAGUAUUUGUGGAAGAUUUGUGAGUUUAUUCAUGUAAACAUGGCGUCUAAACGUAAAUGUGACGCCACGGUUCCUGCGGAGGAAAGUGACCAACUGCUCAUCCGCCCGCUAGGAGCAGGACAGGAGGUGGGACGGUCCUGCAUCAUCCUGGAGUUCAAGGGACCAAAGAUUAUGCUGGACUGCGGGAUCCAUCCUGGUCUGGACGGGACGGACGCUCUGCCGUACAUCGACCUGAUCGACCCGGCUGAAAUUGACCUGCUGCUCAUCAGCCACUUCCACCUGGAUCACUGUGGAGCUCUGCCCUGGUUCCUGCAGAAGACCAGCUUUAAAGGACGCACCUUCAUGACUCACGCCACCAAGGCCAUCUACCGCUGGCUGCUGUCCGACUACGUCAAAGUCAGUAACAUCUCUGCAGACGACAUGUUGUACACGGAGACGGACCUGGAGGAGAGCAUGGAGAAGAUGGAGACCAUCAACUUCCACAGUGCGGACGGUAACAAGUGGUGAACACAGCGCGGGCUCUUCAGUCUCCACCGACCCUGGGUCUCCCCGACUGUAACACACAUUUCACCCAGACUGUUGACGAAAAGGGGGGGUACAUGACCUCAGUACCACUACAAGACCAUGGGGGACGACUGAGACCUGGAGCUUAUUUUUCAUCCAAACUGGACUCUGUUGCAGCCAAACUGCCUGAGAGCUGUGGCGGCUGCUGAAAAAGCAGCCAUGGCAUCACGUGACAUUGUGGGUUAUUCAGACUUGACAUUGUUGGUUCCACAUGCUGUCGAUGAUUUUGCUUGAACAAAAAACAUCUCAUCUCUCCACAUCCAGGUGGCUGAGAUACAAGACCGUGUUGCUUGAUAUAUCUAACAUUACUGCACUGUACUGAAUCCUGCU